UUCCGAACAUGGUGCUGCCCUAAAGAGCAGUGCCAACACUAACCCAAUCCCAAUCCCAGAGUCCUGUGACCGUUUAUUCCGUUUCUGAGACGACAAGGUCAUACAAAAUGCUUUUUCUUGUGCAAUCCUUCCCGCCAAUUCCUGGGUUUUGCUCUUCGACGUCCAGAAGCGGUGAACUAGCUUCAGCUUCAACUUCACUGACCUCGCACAGACGCUCAAGAAACAUCAGAAGGAGCUCUCAUGCUUAUGUGGUGGCGAAAGGUGGAAACAGAAGCGAAGAUGAUUAUCAUACAACUCUCAACGCGCUCAAAUCAAGGGGUCGUACUCCUAGAAAAUCUCUUGGCCAGCAUUACAUGUUGAGUUCCUCCAUCAACGAACAGCUUGUCAGUACCGCCAAUGUUACAGAUGGAGAUGUGGUCCUAGAAAUAGGACCUGGGACCGGUUCCUUGACCAGUGUUCUUUUGAACACUGGUGCAACUGUUCUUGCAAUUGAAAAGGAUCCACACAUGGCAGCACAUGUAGGACAGCGGUUUGCAAGUGUAGAUCACUUCACGGUUUUGCAAGAGGACUUCACAAAGUGUCACAUUCGCUUCCAUUUGCAGUCAUUGUUGGAAAGUGGGAAGUUGUUGCAGACCAAUUCAAGAUAUGCAAAAGUAGUCUCCAAUAUACCUUUCAAUAUAAGUACUGAUGUGGUGAAGCAACUUCUUCCGCUGGGUGACAUUUUUUCAGAAGUUGUCCUUCUACUCCAGGAUGAAACAGCUUUACGCUUGGUGGAUGCAUCUUUGCGGACGUCUGAGUAUCGACUCAUCAACAUUUUUGUGAACUUUUACUCAGAUCCUGAAUAUAAAUUUAAGGUCCUUAGGUCAAAUUUUUUUCCUCAGCCCAAUGUUGAUGCAGCUGUUGUUAGGUUUAAGCUCAAGCAAGCUGCAGACUAUCCACCAGUUCCCUCAACUAAAAGUUUCUUUUCAAUGGUCAAUUCUGCAUUUAAUGUGAAGCGUAAGAUGCUGCGGAGAUCGCUUCAGCACCUAUGCACACCCAAUGAGAUUGAAAAAGCACUUGGAAGGGUGGGCCUUCCAGCUACUUCAAGACCAGAGGAACUGACGCUGGAAGAUUUUGUAAAAUUGCAUAACCUGAUUGUGAAAGUCUAGUGUUUCGGGCUUCCUUGAAAGGACCAGUUCAUCCAGCACCCUGAGGUGGGCAUGCAAGCCUUACCUUCUACAAUUUUGAUUGGGAGGAAGAUCGCAAUAAUGAAAGAGGAUGCUUAUGGAGUACAUUUGAUUUCCCUGGUCAUCACCCUCUCAUGUGGUACAUCAGAAUUUGAAGGCCGAUGUUCUAGCCAAGGACACAUUCAUGGGUGUGUUCAGGAAGAAUAUUUGACACAGAAGUGACAGCACAACUAGUUCUAUCGAUGAAUAUGACCUGGAAGGUACUGUUUUCUGAAAUUCAAGAUCUUGUAUAAUGAUGGACUUCACUAGCAUGGGUGUAAAAUAACAUUACUGGAAAUUAAUUUCAUUCAAAAUUGGGGGGAGGGGGAGGUAUAGUUGCUACUAUAGUAGGAGUUUGUAUAGCUUCAUUAUCUUGUGUUCAA